AAAAAUCAUGCGAGACCCGACGAGAUUUGCAAAACUGGGGGCUCUUCAUUUCCUGUUUACAUUGCUUUGUUCUCGAACGUGAAUAUGUGACAUAACAAAAUGGAAGAUAAUGUUUUCGAUCAAGAAUUGUUUUCAGCGCUAGAGUGGACAGAUAAUUUAAAUGGUGUUCCAGAUUUUGACAUUGAAAAACUAAAACAUUAUUUGAUUCAAAGCCGGGAAAAGUCGUUUUACAAAGGAAGUGUUAGAGCUUACAAGUCGUUGAAAGCUUUUAAAUAUUUCGAGGAAGGAUUUGUCCAGAGACUGCGACAUGCGGAGACAUUUGUAGCAAACACAAAGGUGUACACAAUUCACGCCAAAGUACUUGCAUCUUACCAAGGAAAGGCCUACCAAACAUACGUGGCCCUUGAGAAGGAGACUGGCAUCCCCAUUGGAGGUUCUUGUGCUUGCGUUGCAGGGAGAGGCGAAGCAUGCAGUCAUAUCGCAGCGAUCCUGUUUGCUGUAGAAGAUUUCAUCGCCAAGGGGCUCAACCAGUCUACCGACAAGCCAACCUGCACUGACCGGCUGUGCGCAUGGAAUGCCCCAUCAAAACAAAAUGUGGAACCGGAAACCAUCCACAACAUAAGAAUAGUAAAGCAAGCUCAUGGAAAACAACUCAAAGACCAUGUGACUUUUGAUGGAAUCGGGUUUGAUCCACGACAGGCCGGUGACCGACAGGUUGAUCUGGUCAGAAAGAAUGAGCUUGUACAAGCAUUGAAAAGAAGCAAUUCAAAGUGUAAUUUCCUUAAGUAUCAAACUGUGUCUGACAAUGCAUCAGGAAUACCAUGAAAUGGUAGCUUUGAUUUAGAUCGUCUGUUUACACAACCAACGACACAGCAAUAGUCCCUUCCACCCAUAAUAACACUUUAAACGAAAAGUAUUGCAGGUUUUGUUGGCUUGAAUAAAGACUCGCUUCAUCAGUGUAAGAAAACGGCGUUGUUUACCAAUUAUGUUGCAAGCGUCUGUUAAACCCGACAUUUAGCAGAAUCGUACUCAAUGAGUAUCACCUGUCUACGAAUGAAAUGCAUGAGAAAGCCAGCCCCCAGUUUUGCAAAUCUCGCGAUAUGGGGUCUCGUCACGCGAUUCGAGAUUUAACUCGGCGCAUGCGCACUUGAAGCUUGAAGUGGUCUAUUGUUGGUGGAAAUGGAAUUUAGAAAUAUAUAUAAUAAUUCAUCAUUUUUCGUGUCAUGAUCGUGUAGAAUUAUCAUCAGCAUCA